AUGGACGCAUGUUAUCGGACUGUCGACCCAAGUACCGGUGUAAUUCGGACAGAGCGAGUUCUGGGUUGCAAGCAGAAGGCACCGGGUUGGAUUAUCAAGUUCUUUGGUGGAUCUGAGGAUGCUUUUGUGCGGGAAAUUUCUUUCGUUGAUCCUCGAACGCGCAAUGCAACAAUCACUUCCGUCAACUUGUCCCUAUCACAAUUCGCCACCUGCUAUGAGAGCAUUCGUUACACGCCUACGAGUGAUGGCCGCACAGCUUUUGUACAGACAGCGGAAAUUCAGUCUCGAAUGGCACUUUGGCGCGGCGCGGCAGAUAAAUUGGAGGGCUGGCUGGUUCAGCGAUUCGAGCAGAAUGCUCAGCUGGGCAAGGUCGGUUUCACGGACGUGUUGCGGAGUUGUGACGUUUCGCGUUUGCGGGAAUUCAUCGAGGAAUUCUACGCUCAGAACAGCAGCUGUCUCAAACAAAAUGUGGACGACGCAUAUUGCGCAUUCAUUUGGGCAGUAAUGUCACGGCAGCCAGGCGUACGUAUCGGUACUGUGCCGGAGGGACCCGCAACAGAAGUAUACAUUGCGCCCCAAGCGAGCGCAAAACGAAAAGCGAAGGCGAAGGGCGAAGAGCCGGCCGAUCAAACACUACUGGCUACAGUUUUGAACGUUGUUGCGGAAGCUGCCAUCACACCAUUGGAAGAAUUGAAGAGAGAGUAUGGUAGUGCACUUAGAAUUGCCGUUGACCCGGAGAUCUCGCGCUCUGCCAUCACUGGGUCACAUAUAAGACCUUCGAAGCUGACACCAAUGGUGUAUACCGCCCUACAAUUCAUCACGCGUGGCAGGGAACAAGGGAUCAGUGUCCUGGACCUAGGCAGAAAGUCGGGCUACGAUCAGAAGACAUGUUUUUACCUGAUCAAACAACUGGUUGAGCUCGAUCUUGUAGUGAAGCGUCGAAAACCGGGUGUGAGUACGAAUGUAUGCGUCCACAAAUACUUUUUCGAGAACAGCGAAGUUUGGCAGCAAGUCGUCCGAGAAGAAACGAAGGCCAAAGAGGUGCAACAGAAGGUUGAGGAGGGAAGCGGAAGGAUGGACACUGAUGAUGAAGAGUCUCACGACAACCCUCCAGACGGUGCUGAUUUUGAUCCUAUUGAUGCACGCCACCUAUCGAGCCUCCCCGUGAUUCGGGCUCGACUUACGAAGCUGCUGAAGAGUUCUCCAAAUGGCCUUCAUGCAGCUACCAACCUUCUGCCUAAGAUUGGAUUUCGGAACCCCACGAAAAGCGACCGUCGCUUCUUCCAGACUCGUCUACGUGAGUUGAUUGAUCAAGGCGUAAUUGAGAAGGUUGAAGUCCCACAUUCAAAUGGGCGAACAUCGAGUAAAGGUAGCAUCUGUAUUCGUCUGGUAACUCCCGAGGCUUCAUCUGGUUCUGCCGUUAAUGAGUCAGAGGAUGCUCCUGGUACGGAAGAAUUACUUGACACCGGUGAUGGGCUACAAACCAACCUUUCGUUACACAAGCAACUUGUUGACCUAUUGGAUGAAGCAGGCAUGAAGGGCAUGACCUUGAAUGAUCUCUCUGCCUCGCUCUGUAACUUCGAUAGACGAACUGUUGAGCUACUUCUAUCUCGACUCGAGAAAGAUCCACCGCCUCUGCAUCUUGCUGAUCUUGGUAUUGCUCAGAUUGGCGAGACGCAUGGCCGAGAGCGCCGCUACAAGUACUACACUGUGGCAAAUUUCCGUGUCAUUGCUGAAAACGAGAAGCUAGAAGGAGAUCCCUAUGUUGACGUUGACCUCUCGCAAGCCGGAGAUUUUAUGCAUAUGGAAGCUGCCAGUUUCUAUAGUGAUGAGCAGGAGCUUCUCAAGCAUGUCAGCGAGUACAAGAGGGCAGACGAUGGUGAUCGUGCUUCAUUGGCUCCUUCUAAAUCGAAGAAGGUUAGGAAGAACCCUAUACUGCCCGAUGGUACGGUCAAGAAAGGUAGACCACCCAAGUGUCCCGCCCCUACCGGCUCCGAUGAUCUACGCACUGGUGAAGUGGCUGCGAAAAGAGGAACGAAGCGCAAACGAAGUGAGGAGUUAGCCAAGGCAGGGACUGGUACCAUCCAAGAGGAACUCGUUAGUCCACCCACUAAGCGCAAACGCGGGCGUCCACCGAAAAGACGCCCCGAGCAAGCGCGUAUUCUCGAAGUUGAGGUACAAGUCGUACCUCCUGUGCCAACCAGCGAACCUGUUGCUCCUAGUAAUGGUGAAGACCAUGCUCCCGUAGCACCUAGCGGACCCGCUGGUAUUGAUGGGGAGGGCCGACCAGCCGUAGUUAGCGGCGAAGAAUGUUUUCCGGCGAAGCCCAGCCAACCUAUCAUGCUAAGCGGCGGGGAAGAGAGAGUCAGAGCUGAGGAGGAUCGCACAAAGAGGGGUAAUGAAGAAGAGAACGCCACCGGGCCUCCCGCGAAACGUGCCAAAGUUGAUAAAACCUCCGGUCCCGCGGCAUCCGGAUAUUAUUCGAAAGCCAAAUUGACUCAGUCGCGACGGGAACGCGAAAUUACGCGACUCAUUACAGACGCGGGAGGAAUAUUAAAUAUCAGCACAAAAGACUUCUAUGAGGCUCACGCUGCACUGGUAGAAUCUAUCACGCAAUCUGGAGAAGUUGCCAGCACUCGCGCUGGCUCUCGCAUUGACAAGCGCACCGCUGAAGCGACUCUCAAGGAGCUGGAGCUGCGCGAAAAGGUUAAAAUUAUAACCACCUCCGUCAAGACUUCUACAGGCAGCUAUCGCCCCAUGCGGAUCGUUUACUUUCCUGUCGUAUCUGAAUCUGAACUGAAUGUAUAUCUUGCCAAAUUGAGUCGUCAGCAAACCUCUGCUCCUCCGCCAGUCAAAACCUUAGACGAGCCUCUUGCCUUCGGAGGUCAGAGAGAGACGAAAAGAAGCCCUCUUCCUACCACGUUGUCUGCGGAAGUUUUAAACAGCAAAGAUCCCUGUGCGCUAGGAGUGCUUUUCGAGUCAGGCGACGGUGUAAUACGAGACGCCUUUCUGGCCGAGAAGAGUACAUUGGCUCAGUUGUACGGCUAUAUUGUUGGCAGAGCAGAAAGGGUGAAACGUCUUCACCUUACCGUCGUCCAAGAGCUUCAACUGGACAGACCGUCGGACCACGUCGUGUCAAGGGAGCAGCGGAUCGUCACAUUUUCCUACUUCCUCAAUGAUCUACCCAUAUCAACUUAUUGCGCUAUAGUCACGACUCUCAUCAAAAGUGAGGAGCUGGCGAGUCUCCUACAGUCGUCUAGCGAGUCGAUCCUUAUAGGACAGGUCCCACGAGAGAUCUACGACGCUUUAGAGGUUGGUCGAUGGCGUUCGAAAGUUCGUUUAUUGGAACUAUUCCAGUUGGCUUGUCAGCUCCAUUUCAUGGAACCCCUACAGCCCUCACAGACCAAUCAGCCUCCCAAUGCCCAAUCCCAUCCUACCACGUUUGACAUCGUUCCCAUCGAAGAAUGGACACCUCAAACAGCUCCCGUAUAUUGGCGCUUCUGCGAUGAAACUCCCCUUCACUUGUGGGCUUUGUCGGAACACUCUCCUCCUUUCUGGAAAAACGUCCCAACACGUACGGUUGCACAGUGUCGUGACUAUUGGCAGGAACUGAAGAGGAUCUGCUGUGAUAAAGAUUUUGCUAUCGAUGCUAGGGUAGCUCAAGCUGAGGCUGCAGCUCACACUCAAGAUCGUGAAGUUGGGAAACUGCUGCGCAAACCAUCGUCCUGGAGCUCGUCGUACAACUUUGCCUGGUAUCAGGAUGAAUAUUUAAAUCGCUUUGUGGACAAGUCGUGCGGAGACACUCCUCUCCAAGAUCAAGAUGGAGGUGAGGCGCGCCUCUCUCACAUUUCUUGGGUCGUAGCUGCCCCGAAAGGUGCUCUUCAGCUAUUUUUCGAGAAGGCCCGUAUCAAGUAUCUUAAAGAGCAGGACAGAUUACGGAGGAGAGUUGAACGCAAUGCGGUCCAAGCAAAAUCGAAGGAAGCCCAGGACAAGGCUCUCCUUGCUCGGAAAGCGGCCGAAGGCAAACAGCAGAUGGAGCAGGAUUGGGACGACUUGGUUCGCAAGGUUCAUCCAGACGCCCUCAAGGGAUCGGCCGCCACGCGCGUCCGGCGGGUUCGUUCUCGGUACAUGCAGAGCUCUGGUAGAGAUAAGGAGAAAUGGGAAGCUGAAAUCAAACAGGCGUUAUACGAAGCCCAAAUUUCUGCAAUGCAAGUGCUUUCGUCUGGAAAACCACCACCUGUGAAACCUUUGCUUGGGCCUGCUCCCUUGGUUCAGGUGGUUGGCUCGAAUGAGAAAUCAGUCGACGAAAUAAUUGCUCAGCAAGGCCCACAGAUCGCUGCUCGAACUCAGAAUAAGAAAUCGAAGAAAGGCAAAGGUGUGGAAGAAGGCACGUUUGACUCUCUCAUGCUAACUCCACCAAAGGCCGUGCUAGAAGACAUAGGUUCCAAUGGAAUCGCGACUUUGACGAUCUGGCUCGUGAUGCAUGUGCAAUCAUCAAGGCUCGCUGCCGUGGUCGCGGGAGAGUUGAUCCCAAGGAACACAGUUCGACAGCGUGCUGUGCACCUGCGAGAAGGCCCGGGAGGUGAAGCUUACAUGCAACGUCUGGAAGAUAAAUGGUACGAGUUAUGGACUCAACAUCGGGGAACUCCUGCGCUUCCUGAUGAUGAUCCCGAGAGCGCGACCAAUUUCGACUUGGUUAGCCACCUCAAAUUCUUGCGUAAUCACGUCGACAAGAACGCGUUGCGAGUUGGAUAUCGCGAGGCGACCACCCUUGUGAAAUCCAGUAUUCCUGCGUCUGUGCAUCACUUGCAGUCCCAUUGGGACGUCAUAGAGAAGAAAGAUGCUACAUCCCUGUGGGACUUCAUUUGGAGUGGCGCGGCUGAAGAGGGACGAGGAAAGCAUUUGGCUUUACAUAGUUUUGUCGCCAACUGCCAUGAGACGCCAUCCUUUGAGUACUCAGAGGAGGAUAUAUAUAUCGCUCAUUCUGCAUUAAAGAUGACGAUGGGAACACCAAAUGAGACCUACGAUACUCAAGUGGCGGCCAAUUUACUUAGGUCUGUUGGUGAGGAGCUAGUCGACGGAGCAAAGGAUGAGAUGUCCAAGAGAGGAGUGCUCUCCAAGACAGUCCGCGAUCCCCAAAAAUCCAAGCCUGGCAGAACUUUGAAGAUCUCCGAGAGCAAUCAGAAUGCCCUGGGCGGAUCUGUUUCGCAAGACAUAUUCCAGGACGCUUGUGCGCUAGAAGAGCUUCUCAUUCAGGAAGAUGAUCCCACCGCUUGGCGGGAAUGGUCGCUAUUGUCCAGUGAAGGAGACGUCGCUGCCUUGGCUGAACUUGUAUCAGAGAACAAGAUUGACUUCAAAAUUGAUACUUCGCAGCCCCAGUUAGCUCGCACUAAGAUGGAUUGGAACAGCAAGAAAGCAGAUGACGACGACAACGAGACGACACUCUUGAUUCGUCUUGUCAGCACAUCAGACUCCGGAGCUCAAUCAUCCGUCGAAGAACAGUCUGCGCAGACGCCUAUUGCUCAGGUCCCAUCACCAGGUGGAGCAAACGAAAUUCCAGCAGACGAGCAUGGUCAUACGACAGAUGGAGAACGAGCCUUUUGUUCUCGAUCUACUGGUGGCCUCAUUGAUUGUAGUGCCUGUCUCCAAGAGGCAGCAUCUUUUUUGGUCCAAGAGUCCGAAAACAAACACGUUAGUCUCUUGAAUUCGUUAAUGCAUGCCCUGCGGAAUGCGGGGUCACGCGGCUUGUCAAAGCCGCAGCUUUUGGCCAUUGUGGGGCGAUCCCAGGCAGAAAGUGCCUACGCCAUUAUCGAACAAUUGACGGCUGGUCCUGUGCCCGUCGCUUUUUGGACUGGUUAUAUCUCAAUCGUCCUUGUCUCGUGUGCUUAUAUUCGGCCUUGGACUGUGCUUGUCUCAGAUGGAAAGAGUCAACAAUCCAUGGUUUCUCCCCGACGUUGGCUCGAUAUUUUCGGAGGAAGGAUGCGCGACAUAUGGCAGGCUGCACUCCGAGCCGUAAUUGGGGUGGUCUUAUAUAGGCCCGGGAUACCUCAGGCGGAGAUCCGCUGGCGGCUGAGAGCGGUGUACGAUAGACAAGAAGUAAACGACGCGCUAUCUCAUCUUGUGGAAGAAGGUUAUAUCGUCAGGCACACGGAUGCCACACGCGAAAUCCUUCAUGUCGGCCCACCAGACGAUGACGAAGAGUCGUAUGUAUUUUAUGUUCUGGCUCACGACAAACAUUGGUAUCGAUUAUAG